AUGGGGAAGUCGUAUCCGACUGUGAGUGAGGAGUACAAGAAGGCUGUUGAGAAAGCCAGGAGGAAGCUCAGAGGCUUAAUCGCCGAGAAGAACUGUGCUCCCUUGAUACUCCGUAUCGCAUGGCACUCAGCCGGUACUUAUGACGUGACCACCAAGACUGGAGGUCCGUUCGGGACAAUGAGGCACAAGGGGGAGCAAGGCCACGCCGCUAACAACGGCCUUGAGAUCGCUGUCAGACUCCUUGAGCCAUCAAGGAACAGUUCCCUAUUCUCAGUUACGCCGAUUUCUAUCAGUUGGCUGGAGUUGUUGCCGUUGAAGUUACUGGAGGCCCUGAGAUCCCAUUCCAUCCAGGAAGGGAGGUGA